CUAAUGUUUUCUUCACAGAUGCUGCCAGACCUGCUGAGCUUUUCCAACAAUUUGUUUUUGUUUCAAAAAACCUGUCUAUCUCUGCCUUAAGCACACUCAAUGACUUGGCCUCCACAGCCCUCUGUGACAGAGUUCCAUAGAGUCACCACCCUCUGGCAGAAGGAAUUCUUCGUCAUCUCAGAUCUAAAGAAUCAUCCCUUUGCUUUGAGGCUGUGCCCCCACAUCCUACUGUUGCCUACUAGUGGAAACAUCUUCUCCAUGUCCACUCCAUCCAUGACUCCCAGUGUUCUGUAAGUUUCAAUGAGAUACCCCCUCAUCCUUGUAAACUCUAUUGAGUACAGACCCAGAGUUCUCAAACACUCCUCAUAUCACACACUGUUCAUCCCUGGGACCAUUCUAUAAACCUCCUCUAGACCCCCUCCAAUGCCAGCACAUCCUUCCUUAGAUACAGGGCCCAAAAAUUGCUCACAAUAUUCCAAAUGUGUAUGAUCAGAGCCAUAUGCAGCCUCAACAGUAAAGACCCAUCAGGAUUUUGCUGAGGAUGGAGCAAUUCAGCAAAGACAGAUUAGAUAGGGAGAGCAAAGAAGGCUGAGGGGAACCCUAAAUGAGAGGUACAAAGCUGUGAGGGGUGUAGGUAGGGAGAAACUUUACCCCAUAGGUCAGGAGGUGGACGUAGAGGGGCUGGGUAUCAGUUUUAAGCAAUGGGAUGAGAGGAGUUUUUUCAAAAUCACUGAGUGAUUAUGUGAAGUAGGGACAGGAAUAAGCUGUCCAGCCUGUUCAACCUGCUCCACCAUUCAAUAGUAUCAUGGCUGAUCUGGUGGGAAUCUGGAACUUACUGUACCUGAAAAGGGUGGUAGAGUCAAAAGCCUUCAUAACCUUUGAGUAGUACUUAGAUGAGCAUUUUCUAUCCAAUGCAUACAAGGCGAAAUGCUGAAAAAUGUGAUUUGAAUAGAUGGACAGGCAGGGAUAUGGUGGGCUGAAAAGACCCCUUUCCCUGCUAAUAACACUCUAUACAACACAGAUUCCCCAUUCUUCUUACUCUCAAUAAAGGUCACGAAUCUGUGGGAUUCACUACCCUAGAGUGUGGUGGACACUGAGUAAAUUUUGAAAAAGGAGAUGGACAGAUUUAAAUGAAAGAUGAGUUGAAGGGUUUUGAAGGAGGCGCAGGAAGGUGGGCGUGGAGGCAGAAACAGAAAUUGCUGGAGAAGCUCAGCAGGUCCGGCAGCAUCUGUGGAAAGAGAUUGAUUUAUUGUCACGUGUAUCGAUGUACACUGAAAAGCUUUGUUUACGAGCAGUGCGGGUAGAUCAUAGUAAGCAAAGAAUGUACAGAUCCCAAACACUUAGAGGCAUACAGGUUACAUUGCACAGGGCACGUACGAGGCAAAGUCAACUUUAGCAAGAAACACUUGAAGAGUUCACUGACCCUUCUUCAUCAGAAGCUGAGAGAGUGAAGAUGAAGCUGUGAUCAUUUGGAGCAGACUGGAGGGGCUGAAUGGCCUACUCCACGCUCUCCUUAUGAAGUGAGGAGAGAUGAUUGCCUCAACCUCCGGAUCCCGGGAGCCACUCAAUCCGCUCCAGGUUUUACCUCCGACCGGCCCCUAGCUCCUGACCAAUCAAGACGCGGGUUACUGUCACGCCCCAGGAGAUGGGGGCGGGCGCCGCUCGUGGCGGUGAGCCUCGCGGGUACCGAUCCUGCUGCCGUUUUCCUUAGUCUCGGAGUCCGACUCUCGGUCCUGGGAAGACCCCGGAAUGUUCAAGAACCUUCUCUCGACCGGCUCCUUGAUCCGGGCCCUGCACGCGGCGCUGACGUGGGCGGUGACGUUGGUGCUCUUCCUGUUCGAGACGGAUCUGAGACGGAGUGAGAAGCGUGGUGAGUUCCUCCAGCCAGUUUCCUUUGUCCUGCUGGUUUUCUGCUCAAUGUUACUGUACUUCAUCACCUCCCUCAUGGACCCAGGAUAUGUCACAUUUGAUGAUGAACUAAAGGGCCGGAUUUCUCAAUCAAGUCGGGAUGCUGGGGAUGAGAAAGAGCAGAUGAUUCCUGUGGUACAGAAAGCACACAGACUGAGGCGCUGUGGAUUCUGCAUGGUCCAGCAGCAGCCCAUGCGUUCCAAACACUGUCAGUCAUGUCAGCACUGUGUGCGUCGAUAUGACCAUCACUGUCCUUGGAUUGAAAACUGCGUGGGGGAAAGGAACCAUCGCUUCUUUGUGCUGUACCUGAUGCUGCAACUUGCUGUUCUGCUGUGGGCCUUCCACAUUGCAUGGUCAGGAUUCCGUACUGAGACUGCAUGGAAAGACUGGCUCCAAGUCAAUCUGCUUCUCCUGUUGGCAUUUAUAGUCAUUAUCAUUUUCACUGUGGUGGUGAUGCUGCUACUGGUGUCACAUUUGUACUUGGUAUCCAACAACACCACAACGUGGGAGUUCAUGUCUCGCCAUCGCAUCUCCUACCUGAAACAUUGUGGCUCAGAGGAGAACCCAUUCGACCAGGGCAUCCUUGGGAAUUUGUGGACAUUUUUCUGCGUAUGCAAGACAGUCGUAUGGGAAAGGAUUUAUUUUCAGGAUGAAGAUGAGCUGGUGUAAUGAGUGGCACAUUUAAAUAGAUUUUUCUGUAAUUUCUAUUUUGUUGUUCUGCCUCACUGGGAUGGUAUUAUUUAUUGUGGGCAAUGUCAUAACAUUGAUGUUUUCUCCAACGUGUCAGGCUCAGAGAUGGCGUGAGAUAAUUGAAGGCAAGAGCUAGGUGAAUACUUUUUCCGUAGAAUGUCCAGUAUUCCACAACAUAAAAAGGGAAAGUGGAAUUAUACACAACAGUGUGGAGCUGGAUGAGCACAGCAGCCAAGGCAGCAUCAGAGGAGCAGGAAAGUUUCAACCCUUCUCCUGACCUGAAACAUCAACUUUCCUGAUCCUUUGAUGCUGCCUGGUCUGUUGUGCUCCUCCAGAUCCACACUGUGUUGUCUCUGACUCCAGCAUCUGCAGUUCUUGCUAUCUCCAAAGGGGAACAUAGGUUGCUCCCCGCCUCUCAAACGAAAAUAAAGACAAGGAUUACUGCCACUGGCUUCCAAGAGAAGAGGAGAAGGAGUGGGAUGGAAAGAAGAGGAAAUGUGAUCCUUAAGGGGUUCUGAGAGAAAGCAUUGAGAUUGUGAAAUCAUCCUUUACUUAUACUGGCAGCCUCUCCAAAGAUUAAAAAUGCACUGAUUGCUCCUUUAUCUAACAAAAUGCACUUUAAAUGUAGUCAUUUUUGAUACUUUAAUAAAAAUAGAAAAGAAAAAUCCAAGUUAAUCCUAAGGUCUGAAACAUUUAACACUGGUUGGUAACAAUUUAAUGAACCAUUUUGUUGUUCACUUGCCUGAAAUGUUGACUUAAGCUGUAUUGAAUCAAAUUUUCCUUCAAGAACACUGUUGUUACCUUAAUGUGCUUAAAAUUUAAUGAACACCAUUGAUCACCAAACUUAUUUUUAAAUUAUUUCAAUUUCUAUUAACCAGGUCUUAAAGUUUGUUUUCUGUAAAAUUCCAUUCUAUUUUUAAUCUAGUUGUACCAAGAUCUAUCAGAUCACUUCACACAGGUGAAUGUUUGUUAUGUUCAGUUGUAAAGGUUAGAAAUUGUUAUAUUUGAACUGCUGCAGAAGUCAGAAAUAGGGACAUGUCAGCUACAGUUCUAGGGAGUACUGUCCCAAGCCAGAAAGUUGCAGGUUUAAAUAUUACUCCAGAAACGUAAUAAAUCUCGGCUGAGGGAAUGACGCUCCAUCAGUGGAGCCAUCUUUCAGAGAGGAUAUCGGCUGUCAGGUGGGUGUAAAAGAUUGAUACCAUGGCACUGUUUCAAAGAGUUGGUGAGUUCAUGCUGGUAUCCUCAGCCACUAUUUAAUCCUUAACUGAGAUCAUACAGAUUAUCUGGUCAAUAUAACAGGACUGAUUGUGGGGCUGUACUGCACCCAAACUGGUUGCCACAUUACCUAUAUUACAACAGUAACUGCAUUUCAAAAGUAGGUCUUUGUUCCAAAGUGUUCUAUAAACAUUCGGAGAUUGCCAUAGGCACUACUUUAAUGCAAGUUAGUUUUAAAAAUCUCACCCUUGCUGUUGUAAAAGAAUGAUUCUGGGGUUUGGGGAGUGGUGCAGUCAGUGUUCAUGUUACAUUAGCUCCACCCAUUCUAAUGGCACUAACGUUUGUGGGUUGAAAUGAAGUUCCACUGUUCCUUUUGGAAGGAGCAGAUACCUCCCAAAAAGGUCCUAGUAAUUAUAUCUGACCAAAUGUAGUUGUACUUAUUGUUUAUUGCAAUCUUAGAAUAGUGCCUCUUCAGCAGGUUCUUUAUGGUGGUGUAUCCACUACCACUAAGCACAAGCUUAUCUUUCUUGGGGCCAAGAGGAUAGCAGGCAGUGAAUCAUUCACACAACCCUUACCUAGCGCUAUUUACAGGUAGAAGUGGCAAAAAUACAAAAUGUACCAGAAGUGGUUAUCUGAGAAAAUAUGAUUCCUAAUUGAGAGAGAGAGAGAGAGAGCGCGUGAGGGGAAAAAAAAGGGAAGGACUCCCAGUGAAAAUUGUUCUACAUAGGAGGUACCUAAUGCUCAGGAUGACAAUAACCUAAAGCACUAAAACUCCCCGAACCUCUGUCUGUAACCUCAUUUCCUUUCAAAGGAGGAUUUUAAAGACCUAACUCAAUCCUGUAUUAAUAUCUCCUUGUGGUUCAGUCAAAUUUUGUCUGUUUAUGCUCCAAACACCACCGUGGGGAGUUUUUAAAUUUCUAAAAGCAUUGUAUAAAUGCAUGUUGUUGUACCAUACAAAACACCAAGAUCCUUUUGUGUUGUCCCUAAUUUUGCCUUCCAGAACUCGGAGUCAUGAACUGCUUAAAAUCAAUACAUUUGCAGAGAAAUGUUGCGUUCAAUCUGCUAUGCAAAUGAAUGGUUUGACAUAGUUGAGAAUGUCUGCAUUGAAAUUCAGAAUAGUGCACUGCAAUCAAGUAGAGUGGCUCCUUUGUUCUUAAAUCCAAAAGGCAUAAGAUUAGAGAAAAUUAUUCAGUGCAUUUCACCCAUUAAUGAGAAAGAAGAGAUCACCCCUUAAUUUCAAUCCUAUUAGUUAAGCAAUGCUUUACUGGUAAGUCUUUGUUGAAAUUCAAGCAUGAAUGAGCCUUUUUAAAACAAAAAAAAACCCUCCACAUCCAAACCUGAAAGUAACAGUUGUGUCCGUCUACAAUAUAGACCGUGAAAAGUCAAGUACCAAAUUGUUCAGAUUUAUUAUUGAUUCAAACACGAAGGUGAUAGUUACUGCUUUCCUAUGCAAACAGUUUUACUUAAAAUUAAAAAUGGCAAAUGUGAUUCAAUUUAAACCAGCAGAUCUCUCCCUUAGAGAAGACGACAGUCUAGGGUACAGAUGAAUGAGGCUUUUGAUUAGUGGCUGAAAGAGGUGGUUAAUUUCAACCAUUUCAUCUCUGCCUCUGGAGUAAUGUAUACAGUAAUGGAUAGACUUGAAAUUUUAGGCAGUUUGGAAACAUGCAAACAUUUUAUUCCAGGUUGAACAGUAUGGCCCUAAAUGUGAAGUCCCUUAAUGCCCCCACUAUAUUUUAAACAAAUUUUUAAAAAUCCCAAGAUAUCUGUUAUCUCUAAAGACCUCUUCCAAGACCAAGGAAAAUAGAAUAAUGACAAAACACACAUUAUGUAAUUAACAAUAAAAUUCAGUCCACAGAAGGGACAAAUUUGGUAGAUGAUAUGUACAGCAAUCAAUCUUUCUAUUAAGGUAUGGCAAAAAAUACAAUAAAUCAGAAUUGAGAACUAAAUUAGCCUGUUGAAUUUAAAGAUAGAACAGGAAAGAGGGAACUUUAUAGAAAUGUAAAUAAAACCUUAUGUAGCAGUACAGAGCAGUGGAUAUUUUCAGAAUGAUAUUUUUAUAAUAGUCUUAAAGUAUGAUUAAAUUUCCUGAACUGAUGGGUUGUAUUCUUAUUGAAAUAUUGCACAUUUAUUUUUGGACUGGAAGCUUUACUGUAGCUUUGUGCUGUCAACUAAUAUUCUGGAAAAGUAUUGAUUAAAAAUCAAAUCUUCAUUGUA